AUGCGUUGGCCCAACGAAGCACAAAUACUGAAAAACAAAAGUAUUCCAUGGCGACAAAGUUCAGUAACCACUGUUCAAUAUGAACAACAGCUACUACGACAACGACUACAACAACAACUACGUCAACGUCCACAACAACGAGCACUACAACAUCUACAACAACAACUACAUCAACGUCCACAACAACGAGCACUACGACGACCACAACAUCAACUACAACUACCGGUGAGUCUAAUCUUAGCGGCUUGCUUAAGCAUACCCACAUCAAUUUUCUCUAUCAUUCAUGGCGCUGGUACAACAACAACCUAUCAAUUAUACACAAAUACAUUCACCCCCACGAGUAAUGUGACUACGGUCACGUUUGCCUUCCAAGUCGAUGAUGAUCCCGGAAUCUGGGACUUGGAUGAUGUCUCACUGAAGCAAACCUUGGGUAUCGAACUAAUGUUAAAUGGAGGCUUUGAAUCGGGCUCACUGUCACCAACAUGGAAUACUUCUUGUACGGUCCAAUGCACAGGCAUUAGCUCACAAGGCUCUGGUGGUGGACCUGGUGGCAUCAGCACUGUUUACCUUCACACUGGUACUUAUAACUAUCGUGACCGUUGUAAUCCAGAACCAAAAUUCGAUUAUCUCAGUCAAACAAUAACUACAGUUAUUCCAAAUCAACUUUGUACUUUGAAAUACUAUCUCGCUCUAUAUGUCUCCAAUAACAAGGUUAACAACAAUUUUUACGUUAUCAUUAGUUGA